CAAGUACAAAUCCGCGGUACACUAAAAAAAACGUGGAAUUUACGUCGCCGAAGUCAGCUAAAUUCUUAUGGAUUUUAUGCGAGCCAUAUCCGUUUUUGUAAGAAAAUACACCUCGGCAACCCGGUAGGAUAACUUUGGCAUUGUUGGUUGUCCUUAAAACUCGACAAAAUGCCCAAGUUAACAGCGGACUUGAUUGAGCAGGCCGCGCAGUACACAAACGCGUUGAAGGAACGCGAGAUUGAUUUACGUGGUUACAAAAUCCCAGUGAUUGAGAAUUUGGGUGCAACCCUUGACCAGUUUGACACCCUUGAUUUCUCUGACAAUGAGCUGCGUAAACUGGAAGGAUUCCCUCUGUUACGAAGACUCAAAUGUCUACUGCUAAACAACAACAGAAUAUGUCGAAUCUCGGAGGGAUUAGAGAAGAAUCUUCCUCGCUUGGAGUCAGUCAUCCUCACAAACAACUUGAUGCAAGAACUUGGUGAUCUGGACCCACUAGCAACCAUCGCCACACUGACAACACUAAGUCUGUUAAGAAACCCCCUGACUAAUCGCAAACAUUACCGGCUAUACACCAUUCACAAGAUUCCACAGAUAAGGGUACUAGACUUCAGAAGGGUCAGACAAAAGGAGAGAGAGGCGGCUAAUCACUUGUUCAAAGGAAAGAAAGGACAACAACUCUCCAAGGACCUCGGUCGAAGAUCCAAAACGUUUGUACCGGGAGCACCUGUUGUGGGUGAGGGUGAUGCAAAGCCUGGUCCUUCACCUCAAGAUUAUGCCGCAAUCAAGGAAGCUAUAGUCAAUGCCACUUCAUUGGAGGAAGUCGAGAGAUUAAACCAGAUGUUAAAAACCGGCCAGGUACCAGGAAAAGAGUCACUGAAUAAGAAGCGUGCAGAAGAGCAGAUUGUUGAAGAGGAGGAAGACAUGGAGCAAGAGGAAACUCCUCCAGAGGUGGUGAACGGCGCUGCUGCGCUCUCCGUGGCAUGAUUGGAGUACCAUAGACUUAUAGCAGGCCUUGAAAUAACCCAUGGCACACACAGCGAUUUCCGUGAUGCCCUGUGUGCUUUUGCUGCGGUACCCUUUGAAAAGUUCCAAGCCCACGGCACCCACAGUGCUUGCCGUAGUACUCUUUGCAAAGUUCCAAACGUUCCCGUGGUGCCCUAUGCCGUCGCUGUGGUGCCCUUUGCAAAGUUCCAAAACAAAUUUAAAUCUCCCUCAUAGAGUCACCCUUAACAAACGAAAAGACAGUUCUACUUUUCAGGCCUUGAAAUAAUCCGCAGCAGCCACAGCGAUUGCCGUGGAAGGUGCCCUUUGCAACGUUCAAUACAAAUUUAAAAUCUUCCUCAAAGAGGUGCUUCCUCAAAGAGGUGCCCCUUAUCAGAGGAAAGACCGGUCUACUUUUCAGGCCUCGAAAUAACCUGUGGCACGGACAGCAAUUGCAGUAGUAACCUGUGCUUUUGCUGUGGUGCCCAUUGCUAAGUUCCAAAACAAAUUUAAAUCUUCCUUCUAGAACCUGCCCCUUACCAAAGGAAAAUUAAUAAUAAUAAUAAUAAUAAUAAUAACUAGUGUUUAUAUAGCACUUGUUCAGACCGCGGAGGGCGUCUCAAAGCGCUUCCAACAUUAUUACCCCUGGUCACUGGGCCUUAAUUCAUUCCUUAAACCAU